GAGGGCAUGUGCUGGGGGAGACUUCUGAGUCCUUAGGAGAGGAGGCUGAGAAUUCAGGAGGAGGACAGAGAUGGUACCUGGGAUAAAAAGAAGAGAGAAAGAAAUGCCCUUGUAGGCACUGUGGAGAGAGAAAUGAGGAACCUCCUUCUUGUGCCUAGGGGAGAGAACUAGGAGACGCCUCCCCAGGUGUUGGGAAGACUAGCAAUUGGGUCAGAAAGCUUCUCGGCUGUAUUGCACACGAGGUCUUGGCUGUAUUCCCAGCACUGUGUUGGUAAAAGAAGUGCCACACACCUGCAUGCAGAGCGCCCUGCAGGAGCUGCCUUCCAGGAGACCAGCUCACUGCUUAUCUAGGAGUUUUUCUCUGGGAGCCCCCUGCCGUCAGGCACCAUGACGGUGAGGGGGGCCGCGCUGGCCCCGGACCCAGCAUCACCCACCACAGCUGCAUCGUCUCCCAGUGUCUCCACUAUCCCCGAAGGCAGCCCCACGGCCAUGGAGCAGCCCGUCUUCCUGAUGACAACAGCUGCUCAGGCUAUCUCCGGCUUCUUUGUCUGGACAGCCCUGCUCAUCACCUGCCACCAGAUCUACAUGCACCUGCGCUGUUACAGCUGCCCCAACGAGCAGCGCUACAUUGUCCGGAUCCUCUUCAUCGUCCCCAUCUAUGCCUUCGACUCCUGGCUCAGCCUCCUCUUCUUCACGAAUGACCAGUACUACGUGUACUUCGGCACCGUGCGGGACUGCUAUGAGGCCUUGGUCAUCUAUAACUUCCUGAGCCUGUGCUAUGAAUAUCUCGGCGGAGAAAGUUCCAUCAUGUCUGAGAUCCGAGGGAAGCCCAUCGAGUCCAGCUGUGUAUAUGGCACAUGCUGCCUCUGGGGGAAGACUUACUCCAUUGGAUUCCUGCGCUUCUGCAAGCAGGCCACCCUGCAGUUCUGUGUGGUGAAGCCACUCAUGGCUGUGAGCACUGUGGUCCUCCAGGCCUUCGGCAAGUACCGGGAUGGUGACUUUGAUGUCACCAGCGGCUACCUCUAUGUGACCAUCAUCUACAACAUCUCUGUCAGCCUGGCCCUCUAUGCUCUCUUCCUUUUCUACUUCGCCACCCGGGAGCUGCUCAGCCCCUACAGCCCCGUCCUCAAGUUCUUCAUGGUCAAGUCCGUCAUCUUCCUCUCCUUCUGGCAAGGCAUGCUCCUGGCCAUCCUGGAGAAGUGCGGGGCCAUCCCCAAGAUCCACUCCGCCCGAGUGUCGGUGGGUGAGGGCACCGUGGCGGCCGGCUACCAGGACUUUAUCAUCUGCGUGGAGAUGUUCUUCGCAGCACUGGCCCUGCGACACGCCUUCACCUACAAAGUCUAUGCUGACAAGCGACUGGAUGCACAGGUGCCAACAUACGGCCCUUACGGCCGCUGUGCACCCAUGAAGAGCAUCUCCAGCAGCCUCAAGGAGACUAUGAACCCACAUGACAUUGUGCAGGAUGCCAUCCACAACUUCUCUCCCGCCUACCAGCAGUACACGCAGCAGUCCACCCUGGAGCCUGGGCCCGCCUGGCGCAGUGGAGCCCAUGGCCUCUCCCGCUCCCACAGCCUUGGUGGCAGCCGAGACAAUGAGAAGACGCUCCUGCUCAGCUCUGAUGACGAGUUCUGAGGGAGGCCAGCAGUGGGGAAGGACAGACCCCUUGGUCCAGGGCAGGGCAUGCCCCCUGCCAGCCGCACAUCUGGGCUGGGAGGCAGGCUGGCACAACUUUGACAUUGUCCUUUAACUUAUUGGACCAGAAACGCUCACAUAUCGCUUCCAGAGCAACAGCCAGAUGUGUCUGCCUGGGGACAGCCCCUGCUCAGCCACGAGCCUUCAGGAAUAUUUAUACAUGGCCAAGCUUGCACUGCCCCCUGGCAGGGGGCUAGGACACUGGGAGCGACCCCUGUGCCCUGAACACAUUGGGAUCAGCCAGGCCAAGGCUCAGAUGUUAGCCCGUGUCACGGACUAGCCCCCUGCCCUCCUACUCAGCCCCCUAUCCCAAACACCGUGCAAUACCUGAACCUGGGCUCUUCCUGGCCUGCUCCCACCCUGUCCACAUUUGUCCACUAGAUUAGCCUCACCCUGGACAAGAAGAGGGAGCAACCUGGACACUCUGGGCAGCCCUCCACCCCCCAGCCCCAGGCUACCCAUCAGAGCCAGACAUCCAGAGCCACAGGGCCCACCCAGGAAGGGUGCUUGGGUGGCUCUUCUAGCGGGAGGCCUCUCUGUGGCCGAACCUUCUGCUGCCUCAUCCCUCCCUCCUGGCCUGCUGCUGGCAGCCAGUGGCCCAUGCUGCCCUCUCACGACAUCUUGAGGACAUUUUGGGCAGAAGCCUUGCUUCCAGGCUGCUCUAAGGGUCAGGGACUGUCAGUCCUCCUUCCCAGACCCAUUGGUCAGCACCAGCCACAUUCUGGUCUUGGCCUGGGGCUUCUCCUUCCCAUUACAGGGCAAAGGUCUGAGUCUCCACCUUUCAGAUCAGCUUGAGGGAAUGCAGCCCACCAGGAGGGAGGAGAGAUGGAGUCUGCAGUGGAGAGAAGGAAGGAAGAGUGGUCCCAGACUCCUCUCUCUGUGUCCUGCCUUGUCUGGCCCCUGACUCAUCUCCUCUGUGCCUUAGCCACCAUGAAUGCCCCCUCCCAGGACCUCAGUCUGUUCUGACUCCUCGGGGCACCCUGAUAAGUAGCUGGCAUUCAGAGGCUCUUGCAGCACUGACCUGGAUGGCCAGCACCGCCAGCCCCCCAUACCCCUCCUGCCUGCGCACUGGCCGCUGUCUUAGGAAAAGCCUCACGUAACACAGUGACGUGUUUCCGCCGGCAGAGCGAGCCAUCAACUUGAAACCCAGAGAGCACUGGGGCCUGAGGGAGGGUAGAGCCACCUUGCCCCGUGGCAUCAGGACCGCACAAGAACCUUCCUUCUGGAUGCUCCUAGAUGGCCAGGCUCCCUCCUGGGGACCUUGACCAGGGCGGGGGAAGCGUUCAUCCCAGUAGUCUUCCCAAGCCUCCAUCAGCCCUUUGAUCCACUCAGCCCCCAAGCACAGGGGCACCAGGGACCAACUCUGGGCCCCCCUCUGGAGGGCCAGGCCUGCUGGCACCACGCUGCCCUGGAAAGGCAGCAGGGAGGCCCUCACCCCCAUGUCCUCACCUUGCCAUUUCCUUUCUUUUUCCCUGACUCCUUCCAGGCCAAAGUGCUGCUGAGUCCCCAGCAGCUAGCUGCCAGCUGGUGUGGGGGGCGUGGAGGGGGGGCUCCUGAGCAGGGAGCUGGCAGCUCUGGGGGGGGGCAGGCCAGGGGUGCCUGUGUCCACCCACCCCUCCUUUCUAGGAUGUAUAACCUAACCAUUUUUCUUUCUUUUUUUUAAACUUCCCCCCUAGGGUAGCUCUUUGUACAUAAAAAUACUUGAAAAAUUCAUUGUAUGAUGUAUGAGAAGACAGAGUCCCCUAGUUUUGUAUCUUGUGUAUGACUGCCGUGCAUUCCACCAGAAAGCCACUCUAUUUUGGUCUCUGUGACAUUUUAAAUGCGCGACAGAAGUGAGCAAAUAAAGUGAGAAAGAAAUAUAUAUAUAAAUAUAUAUGAGACAAUAUAGAUUGUACUGAAAUAUC